CGCGUCACACAUGAUAGAAACAUCUUCACUUUUAUGAAUUCAGUUAGUAAUUCAGUAAUGAUGAUCUUCAUAAAGCAGGUGAAGUCAGUGAAUUUCUGCAGUGAGUUGAUGUGAUUGUUGUGAGACUCAGUUCAUCUGUGUGAAGUUCAGUUAUUGAAGCGUUCAGGAGGUUUUUGUUCAGUUGCUCUAUUAGUUUGUUUCACUCUGGUUCACUUUCGGCAGCGGCACCAAACUGAAUGUUGGCACUGAGCAUCUCAGACUGAAUAGAAAUAUUGUCUUCCUGCUGGAUGACUCUGAUGGCACUAGGAAUGGGUUCCCUGCAAUGAAAAAGUUUGUUGAAAGAAUUGUAGAGUCUGGAAGUAGACGAGAACAGAGAUCGUGUUUCUCUGGUCCAGUUCAGCAGAGAUGUAGAGGUCCAAUUCUAUCUAAACUCACAUGCAACAAAGGAAGACAUUCUUAAUGCUGUUAGUCGAAUGACACACAAAGGAGGGAGACCCUCAAUAUGGGGGCAGCUCUCCAGUACAUCAGAGACGAAGAAUUUACUCCCUCCAGCGGCAGCAGACAGAUGAUCGGUGCGUCACAGAUACUGAUUCUGCUCAGCGGAGGAAGGUCAUUUGACAGUGUUGAUGCAGCAGCGUCCUCACUGAAAGAGCUGGGAGUCUUGACCUUCGCAAUAGGAUCGAGAGGCUCUGAUUUCUCUGUGCUUCUCUCAGCCGUCACUCCUCCUAAAGUGAGCGUCCCGCCGCCCUCCAGUGCAGAGAUCUCCUCUCUGAACACAGCGACACUGGUGUGUGUGGCCAACAAGGGCUUCCCGUCAGACUGGAGCCUGAUGAAGGUGGACGGGAGCAGCAGGUCUCAGGAGAGCAGCGCUGGGCUCCUGGAGAAGGACGGUCUGUACAGCUGGAGCAGCAGCAGGAGUGGAUGGAGAGCGUCUCAGUGAGACACUGUGAGGACACACGGAGCGGCCAGCCUGUGUGAGGAGACGGCAGUGUUCAGAGGAGAUCUGCUGCUCUUCUCACUCAUGUCUCACAUGGAGACCAACAGUGUGUUUCUCUGCAGCACAUGAGGGACUCAUUCAUUCUCCACAUCAGCUUCAGUCGCUUCAUCUGCAUCUGCUCUGCUUUCUGCCUUUCAUGCAAGACUAGAUGUGUGAUUUUAUUAAAAUUCAGUCAAUAAAUAAAAUACAUAAAAUAA